UAAGUCACCAGCCCCAAAAAAAUGAAUCAUUAAUCAUCCAACCACCAAGCCACACUAAAAAGGGGGAAAAAUCUUUAUCCCAAAAACCAUGGAGAUCGAGCACCACAGACAACCGGAACUCCAAUCCACCGCCACCACCGCUGCGGCUGCCGCCACCGAACCCACCAAACCCCUAAACGUCAAACGCCUCCUCCUCCUCCUCCUCAACGUCAUCCUCCUCCUCAUCGGUGGCACCGGCAGUCCUCUGCUCCUCCGCGUCUACUUCCUCCACGGCGGCAACCGGAAAUGGUUCACUUCUUUCCUCCAAACUGCCGGCUUCCCUUUCCUCCUUCCCCCCCUUCUCUUCUCCUUCCUCCGCUCUCCUCGCCGCCACUUCUUCCUCAUGUCCCCUUUCCUCCUCCUCUCUUCCAUCUUCAUCGGCCUUUUAACUGGAAUCGACAACUUAUUCUACUCAUACGGCAUAUCGUACCUCCCCGUCUCCACUUCCUCUCUCCUCCUCUCCACCCAACUCGGCUUCACCGCCGUCUUCGCCUUCUUCAUAGUUAAACAAAAGUUCACAGCUUCGUCAAUAAACGCGGUGAUGUUGCUGACCUUUGGUGCGGUGGUGCUCGGCGUUCAUGCGAAUGGAGAUAGACCGGAAGGAGAAUCUCAGGCGAAGUACUAUAUUGGGUUUCUUAUGACGAUUGCGGCGGCGGUGCUAUACGGGCUGGUGUUGCCGUUGGUGGAGCUUAUGUACGCGAAGUCGAAGAUGAAGAUUAGCUAUAGUUUGGUAAUGGAGAUACAGGUUGUGAUUGGG